UAGCUGCGAGGUGUUCUCAGGCAAGUCCAACAGCCUAGCUUGACAGGGAUCGGCCUGGACGCGUCUUUCAAGCACGAAGGAGAGACGGUUGUACUCAUCAAAUUUUGGAUCUACAAAGGAGCAUCCUGGAGAGUGGAUCCGCAUGUAUGUUACUGCAUAUAGGCGGCUGAAGUUCCAACUUCGCAGCUUGUAAUCUGACAUUGUAGAGAGAAUACGUCUCUGGGUGUGCUCAGACAUUUGUGCUUGUAUUGUAGGGUUUCGUCCCCUGAAGACCACGUGUGAUAAUAGAGUAAAGCGUUGGAUAGCUGACAUGGCCACAGUGUUUUCAGAUGAAUUGUAUAAUGACGAGGUUGUGAGCCAGUCAGAAAAUGCAGAGAGGUCUAUUGGAUCUCUUUCGGAUGAACUCUGGUUACGUGUGUUAAGGGUGGGGGUAGAUGGCGGCUUCCUAGAUCAUAAGGAUUUGUGCUCUUUGUCCUGUGUUAGCCAUCGGCUCUCUCGUCUCUCCUCUUCUGACUCCGUUUGGCAACGUGCAUUCCAUCGAAAGUUUGCACCGCCGUCGGACGAAGCUUCUAGUUACGCCAGUGGGGCUAAGCGGAAAGGCCAGUACGUUGGCGCCACACCACUCGAGUCGAAGAAGCGGAAACACUCUACCCAUGGAAGUCGUCACAGAUCACUUAGAAGCAGACAAGUUGUUGUACAGUCUUGAGCACAACUACUUGUUCAACCUUGGAUAGGGUUGUCAAUUCUCUUUUGAUAGAUUCUCUUUUGUAUUCUAUGUUCAAAUGGACCACAGUUAGCCAAAGUGCCUCUCUCAAGUUUUUUUUAUUUAUUUUUUAUUUUUUAUUUUUUUAAUAGUGUACAAAGCCAGGUAGUUGUUCUAGUAUUUUCAUGCACCUGUUUGGAGUACAAGUCUUAAGCAAGAACAGCUUCAGUAUCAACUCUUUGGGGGUCCUUGGAAGAGCAGUCUGAACUCCAGCACUUGUCAUGUGGUGAGUGGUUUGAAUUUUUUUCGCAGCAGGAGUCGAGCUUUGCAGGGAGCCUUCAUGUCCUGCCACACUGAAGGUGAUAUAGGACAUUCCUUCCUGCUGAUCUUGAGAACCAGGAGCUUAGGUUGAGUAAAACAAACAGUGGUAAUGAUGCUCCUUGGGCAUUUCUAUGGCUUUGUAAAUAGGAAUACCGUUUGCUCCUUUUAGCAAUGAUCGGUUUUUGGAUUGCUAUCGUCUGAUUGGUCAGUUGCCUGCAUAAGCUGUUGGUUUUUGUCUCUAUUUUCUGGUGCCUCAGCAAGAGAGAUGCUUUGUAAGCUCAUAACUCAUGUGGACACUUUUUGAAUCAGCUGCAGCUUUGUGUGGUCCCUAUGUCGUGCUUUCAUCGAUGGAUAUUUUCCAGGGACGUGAGUAAAGCUGAGAAACCAUCAGGUUAGGACAGAAUUUUGUGGAGGACACCUCACAUUGCAGAUUCCGGUGUUGCUCAUAGUCCACUUUAUUAUGGUUAGUGUACUUGGCCUUAAACAAUUCAAUAAAGAAGUGGAGCUCAGGCUA